UUGAUCCACUGAAGCAAGCAGAGGAAACGCAAGUGGGGUUCUAUAACCUCUGAAGAUUGUAUCAAAGAUGAUGCUCGAUUCAGUUGACGACAUUAUGAGCAAAGCCCGUUGAUCUAGAAACGCCGGUUUCAAUUCAGCGUUUAUCAUCUAAAUCCCGAAUUGAGAAAUGUUGAUGUCGUGGGUGAGCGUGUUUAUCGGCGGGUUUCUUGUUGGGGCACUUACCCUUGCUGCCCUUGAAGGCCUUGGACUAAUGCUGGUCUUGAAGCAACUCAAUCGCAAGAACACGAAACAAGAGGCCGAAAAGUUGUCGAGUUCUAAUCAACAGGGUCCGGAUCCUCGACAAUCCCCGGAGUCCUCUUAUAGCAAGGAGGGAGUAGUCUGGGUUCUCGAAUCAGAUAAAGUUGCUAAAAUUUGGCUUUUGGAGAAGGUACCCAGAGACCAAAAGAGGAAAAGGGAGUAUGUUGAGGUCUCACCCACUCGAAAGUAUGCAAAAAUCAAGAACUGUUCACUGAUUUUGAAAGGAUUCGAUGGUUCCCAGACUGCUAUUUCACUAAAAGGUUGCUUAGUAGAAGCUGUUUCAGCUACAAAUCUAUCUUCAAGAAAAUGGGCCAAAAGAUUCCCCAUAAAGGUGGAAAACAGGACUGAAGCAAUAUAUAAUGGAAGUAAAAUAUUUUAUGUUUAUCUCGAGACAUCCUGGGAGAAGGAGUCAUGGUGUAAGGCCCUUCGCCUUGCUUCAUGUGAUAACAAAGAAAGAAUUAUUUGGUUCACCAAAUGGCACAAGGAGUUCAACAGUUACCUGGCGUUCUUAAAAGCAGCUAACUUACCAUUUAGGAGACUGGCAGUGGGGCUAAAUGGCGAGUCCUUGGAUCAUGAAAAUAGGCUUGAUGGCUCGUCAUCAAAGGUGCGCCUAUUUUUGAAAAGGCUUGCCAGAAGGGCAUCAAAGAGUGGUGUAGAAAAUAAAGGGACAAGGAUUUCGUCGUAUGGCCGCGAAGAGAGAAAGACUAGUGAGAAGUUUUGUCUAAUGCAAGAUUCAUUCUUGGCUACUACCUCCACAAAGAGUGGUCCUACUAUGAAGACACCCAAAAGUUCUUCCGCACAGGAAAGUACAGAAUUCUCAUCAUCAACCUUUCCUCACUCAGGAAGCCAAGGCAACCUUUCUUCAAUUUCUGAUGCAGAAACUGAUGACAAGAAUUUUGAUGAGGGUACACUUUGUUUAAAUUUGUUGAUUUCUAGGCUCUUUUUCGAUGCCAAAAGCUGUUUGGAGGUGAAAAGUUCCUUGAAAGCACGUAUUCAGAGGACAUUGUCUAAUAUGAGGACCCCCGGUUACAUAGGUGAAGUUGUAUGUACUGAUAUAGAUCCUGGGAAUCUCCCACCUUAUAUCCAUGGUAUGAGAGUUUGUCCUACUGACAUGAAUGAGGCAUGGGCUUUAGAAGUUGAUAUUGAAUACUCUGGUGGGGCAAUAUUAGAUGUUGAAACAAGAGUUGAAGUUUGUGAGCUAGAUCUCCAGAAAGGUGUAGUAGAUUCAAAUUCAGAAUCAAGCUCCAUUAAUGUCUCUCCUGACCUUCUUGAAGGUUUUGAGCGGUUGGGGAAGCAGUUGAAUCUUUCUGAAGGGACCAUUGAUGCAGAAGAGCGCAAGAAUGAAGUGGAUACUAGUUUCGACAGUGUACUAUCAUCAACUUGUGGAUCCAGGUGGAAGUCUAUUCUUAACUCUGUUGCCAAACAGGUUUCACAGGUACCUCUUUCUUUGUCUAUUCAAGUUGCAUCUCUUCGAGGAACUAUACGAAUAUAUAUAAAGCCCCCUCCCUCUGGUCAGUUAUGGUUUGGUUUCACAUCCAUGCCUGAUAUAGAGCUUGACCUGGAGUCAUCUGUUGGGGAGCACAAGAUUACUAGUGGACAAGUUGCUUCUUUCCUGAUUAACAAGUUUAAGGCAGCCAUUCAGGAGACUAUGGUGCUUCCUCACUGUGAAAAUUUGUCCAUUCCCUGGAUGUUAGCAGAAAUGGACGACUGGGUCCCUCGGAAAGCUGCUCCAUUUAUGUGGCUUAAUCAAGAAGCUGUUAGUGAUCAUACAGCGCAUGAAGCUUUCAGCUCUUUGCAACCUGUUGAAUCAGAAACCAAGAACGAAACUAGUAGGGGAACCUCCACUGAUCACGGUGAAAGCAAGCUUAAAAAAGAAAAGAACGUUGACUGCCUUCAACAACCAACAAUUGAUUCCUCAAAUGCGUCAGGCUCCUCAUUGAGUUCUAGAAAAGGAGACAGCAAGUUUUUGCAACUGAAAACACCUUUGUUUGUUGGUGAUAAAACGGAAGAAAUGUGCGAGGAGAACAUAGGGGAAACAUCAUCAGAGAAUCAGGAUUACAUCAUUGAAGAAGAUGAUUUGAGGCCAAAGAAAAUUGGAAGAAAAGCAAGGAUGCUUGAUCUGGGGAAGAAGAUGGGUGAGAAACUUGGGGAGAAGAGGCGUCACUUAGAAGAGAAGAGUAGAAAUAUUGUCGAGAAGAUGCGAGGGCCAUAAAACUCUCGGGAGAACUUUUCAACUAGCUGCAAUUCAUGGAGUUGCUGACUGCACCAUACUUUGCUAGUAUAGAACUGCAACCCAUGGAUUUUGGCAUUGAUACUGUUUUAUAGGCGCAAAAAUUACUUUGAAUAUGUUUAUUGUCAUUCAGGUCUCUUCAGUUCAGUAUGCAAGGGGAAAGCGUCUCACGGGGCGUUCUGGCCCUGCUCAUUUAGCCAGUAUGCGAAAAUUUACGGAGUUACCAGAAGUGGGAAAUUUACAGAGUUUACAGAA